AUGUAUCUCAAGUACGCCGCUGCACUGGCCUCAGUGCUCCCACUCACUGUUGCUCAGACCUGGACUGACUGCAGUCCACUGGAGAAGACCUGCCCCCCCAACCCAGGUCUGAACAGCAAGACCUGGUCCGCUGAUUUCACCCAGGGUGAAUCUGCUCUCAAGGACUGGAUCAAUGUCAGUGGCAAGCUGAACUUCGGUCCUGAUGGUGCCGAGUUCACCGUUGCAAAAAAGGGCGACUCUCCUACCAUUGAGACCGACUUCUUCUUUUUCUUUGGAAAGGCCGAGGUUGUCCUAAAGGCUGCUCCUGGUGUUGGUAUCGUCAGCAGUAUCGUUCUGGAAUCCGACGUCCUCGAUGAAGUCGACUGGGAAACUCUUGGAGGCGACACCACUCAAAUCCAGAGCAACUACUUUGGAAAGGGUGACACUUCCAGCUAUGACCGUGGUGGCUUCCACCCCGUGGCUACUCCCCAGGAGGUCUUCCACACCUACACCAUCGAAUGGUCCCCCGAGGCGAUCAGCUGGAUCAUCGAUGGUGCUAUUGUCCGCACUCUGGCCUUUGCUGAUGCACAGGGCGGAAGCCGCUUCCCCCAGACCCCCAUGCGCCUGAGACUUGGUAUCUGGGCCGGUGGUGACCCCGACAACGCUCCUGGAACUAUUGAAUGGGCUGGUGGUGAGACCGACUACAAUGCUGGUCCCUUCACCAUGUAUGUCAAGUCCGCCUACAUUGAAAACACCUACCCCGGAUCCAGCUACACCUACACCGACAAGUCUGGCAACUGGGGCAGCAUCCAGGUCGACGACUCCAAGCCCCCUGCUCAUUCGUCGUCCACCACCAAGACCACCACCUCUACUACCAAGACCACCACCUCGACCCCCAGCACUUCGACCUCCACCGAGACCGAGACCGAGACUGAGACUGAGACUGAGACCUCCACCGAGACCGAGACCUCCACCACCACCUCGACCUCUAGCGAGGAGCCCACCUCAACCUCCAGCUCUGACUCUUCCUCUCCUACCGCCACCGAGACUGGCUCCGAGACCCCUGAGGAGACCGGCUCUCCCACCCCCACCUCCGAUGAGUCGGCCCCCGAGCCUGACUUCACCGGCGCGGCCUCGAUUCUGUCCACCUCCACCGGCAGCCUCCUCGCUUUCAUGGGCAUGAUCGCUGCCAUGCUGCAGCUGUAA